UUUCUAGUCAUGGUACUAAAACAUAAAAAAGCUAGCUUUUAAAAUCAGCAAAAUUCGGAGAGGAUAUCCCAUAUAAAGAAAGAAAGAAACUCCCUAAUUUUCCCUUGUAAAUUCGUUUUAUUUGCAGACAAGAGGUAGAAGAGAGAAGAGAAUGGGUGGUGUAGUAGGAGGAGUGAUAUUGGACGGUUCAGUUCUCCUUGCCGAUGACUCCGAUGUGAAUGGUGCUCCCACUUUCCGCGCAGGUGCUGAUUUCCUCUUUCGUGCCCUUCAAUUUUCCCAACUCCACAAGGGAAUUCUUCUUGGAGAGGAUCUUUCAGCUGACAAGGUCUGUCAAUAUUCUGAAAAAGAUCUCCGAAGUGUAUUCAUUCACUUGUUUUAGAUUCAGUUUUUCUACUGUUGAGGUGGUUAUGGAUGAAAUUGCAGUAGCUUGGGAGGAUGUUGGGAAAAAGACACUGUUUGUACUUCCCAGUCACAAGAUGGAUUGUUGUCAUAAACUAUGUGACCAUGGGUGUUUGCUAAGUAUUCUUGAUCUUGAUAAUGGCGGAGAUACAAUCAAGCAUCCAAGUGUUCAUCAUAUUAAGAAAUUGGAACAGCUGCCUUUGAGUUUGUGCCUCUUGAAUAAAAAGGUAGCUUCCAGCGAGGUCGUGACUGUCGGCUACAGUAUGAAGCCCUCUCGGCAAGCAGAUUUUGCUAAGAGAGGUGCAUUUCCACUGUAUUCAGUCCAACAUGAAUUGAUGUUUCUGCCUCUCAGUUACGAGCUGCCCUUACCGUUGCAGCUGCAAGAGAUUGAUUUAAUCCUUCAUAAAGCUACAGAUGAUAUUGUUUCUAUUGAGUUGGACUCGUCAGUUAUCCCUAAAAUCAUUUACACAAAUGGCAUGGAGGAAUUGAGAAGGACCUUGGUUGAUCACCCUCGCUGUUGUGUUAUUGAUCCAUUCAACAAUAUUUACCCUGUUUUGGAUCGGCUCAAGAUCCAAUAUCUUCUACUUGGGUUGGAGGGUCUUAACAAGCAAGGCUACUCAAAGAUUAGGGGUGCUCAUUUUCUCAAGGUUGACUGUUAUAAUGAUCCUAAAUUGAUGGAAAGGUUGAUGGAGGCUAAGGUAUCCCUUCCAAGCAUAGUGAAACCACAAGUUGCCUGUGGUGUAUCAAGUGCUCACAGCAUGGCAAUUGUCUUUACUUUGGAAGACUAUAAGGAUCUCCAGGUGCCCCUUCCAGCUAUAAUUCAGGAAUAUGUAGAUCAUUCAUCCACACUUUUCAAAUUCUAUGUCUUGGGUGAGAAAGUCUUCUAUGCAGUCAAGAAAUCCACUCCUAAUGGAGAUGUGCUGAUCAAAAUGUCCCAAAUGAAUCAAUUAAAGCCUCUAGUCUUUGACAGCUUAAAGUCCCUUCCCACUGCCGAGAAAAAUCAGUUCGGAGAUGAAGCUCUUGACCUCGAGCUAGUUAAAAAUGCUGCAACUUGGCUAAGAAGCAAGCUUGAUCUUACAAUUUUUGGCUUUGAUGUGGUUAUUCAAGAAGGCACAAGAGACCAUGUGAUAGUGGACGUAAACUACUUGCCAUCAUUCAAAGAAGUACCGAAUGAUGUAGCAAUUCCUGCAUUUUGGGAAGCAAUAAAGAACAAAUUUAGGGAGAGCAAAAGAUGAUCCGCGCUUCAUGGCAAGUUGAUGCGAAAACCAUGUGAAUUCUGAGAGUUGUGCGCAUUUGGUGUUUCGGAGGUUGGUAUCCUAAUGGUAGAGCGCUUGCUGAAUAAAUAAUUUUGUAGUACCUUUAUAGUUACGUGUUGCAUUGAGUUCUGGAUGUUAAGAAUGUUUCGGAUUAUUUCUUCUUCUGGAAUUGGUAAUUUCAUAAAGUGGUUCAUCAUUAUUCA